UUUUUUUACGGAAGGACAACUUGAAUGAUGUAAUUUUUCUUCAUUCGGAACAUCUAAUUGGGUCUCAUAAUAACACAAGCAAACGUUUAUAAACCUUAUUUUUAUCCUAUCGUUAAAUAGUAAAUCAUAAAUUUGUAACACAUAUUAGAGACACUGGAAUGGUAGCUACGGUGCAAUAUUGAUUUGAAGUCUUUGGAUGACGUUUACCUAUUUAAAGAUGUUUAUUGUUUCAGUAUGAAUGGGUAAAAAUUGCAACAAUACCUUGACACGUGACAAAACAGUUAUCAGUCAGAAGCCCAGUCAUCGUUAACUGGAGUAUAAAGAGCGGGUUAUCUGACCCCUUGUCACACCGUAAUGUUAACAAAAAAGGCCGAUUUUGGAGAUGGUUUGAAUUAAUAAAAGAUUGUAGGUCUAACCACAGGAUUUAAAUCUUUUUAUUUUACCUUGGCUAAAUCAAAACGCCAUAUUGAAUUCCACUCUUAUAAAAAUUUAGUUUGCUAUCAACAAGAGACUGAAAAUGGUAUGGAAAUUUGUAUCUGCAUACUUGUGUAUACUGGGACCUUUUCCUUCAGAGCUUCAGAGUUUCAGUAACAGAGAAGAAAUUGGGAAUGUCCUUUGUGGCUAUACCGCCCGCCUGGAGGCUUCCUGGAACUCUAAUUGCACUGGUACCAUUAACAUUACAAUACGGCUGCCGUCCGGAUUCUGGGAAGCCAUGAAGAAUACACAUUACACCGAAGCACUGUUUGAAGUCGAUAAUGGGUCUAUCCCCAAUCCAGCAUGGAACUUCAAUUGCUUUCCGAAGGACUCCGGAAAAUGUUUCAAAGAGAUACAGCUGGUGCAUCCGAUAAGAAAUGGGGUACAGGAGUUUGGAAUCACCUUGAAGCCGAACAGGACGUAUUAUGGAUGUACGAUUGUGCAACGUAAAGAGCGAUGUUUUCUGAAACCUGACACAUCAACAACAGUUGAAAAUCCGAAACCUGACACAUUAACAACAGUUAUAAUUCCGACACCACCUGAAACCCCAUUGUGGUGGUUUAUCAUCAUCAUCUGUAUGUUGUUAAGUCCUGUAGCCUUAGGGGUCAUCUUCUUAUUGCAUAGAAAAUUGAAAUACCAGAGAUUACAUGUAAAUACAGAUCUCAAAGUCCUUGUACUGGACCUCUCAGAAAAUUCAGGACACCCAAGUACCGAGGUCCAACCAUUAACUACAUGUACCUCAUUUACUGCAAGUUUUAAAAGACAGCUAGAGGACCGGUGCAGAUUGACAGUUGUGAAUUCACAGAACCCAGAAUAUUCUUAUUUAAACAAUGAUGACUACGAUGCCUUGAUUCAUUCAAAUGAUGCAUUCAUAAUCAUUCCUAGUGUGCGCAUGACACCGACGGGAGAAGACGAAGAAUUACAAAUGGAUGUUCAAGUGACAGUCAACAUUUUGCGACACCUUCAGUAUUGCAGAGACCGUUGUGUGUUUGUCUGUUGUACAAACCAUGGUGAUGCUCAUCUGACUUUAAAGGAAAAUUACACGCAUUUUCGUCACACACCAAUUUACAAGUUUGAAUUGCGAAAUUUAACUAGUCUGCGUAACCAGAAUAUUCUUACUGACCUGUUGCAAUAUCUUCUGGAUAAAGUUUCUGAAUUUAGACCUAUGAACAACAUUUGAAUUAAUUACCUGUAUUAAAUUUCUUUUAGAACUAACCCCUUACCUUUAUAGGCCAAGCUAUGAACCUGGUCAAAAUUUAUGAGACUAUGUAAUAAAAUAAUGUUUCUUUGUGUAUUAAAUCAGUGUACCCCUGA